UUAAAUAUUGUGAAAAACACUUCGCACCCGACUUCCAAAAUGGUACAAACCGAACCUGAAGUGUUUUCCGCACACAAGUUUAUAUACGAUACAUUAGAAAAGGAAGCUACUAAACAUUUAUAUGAUGGUUCAGAAGAGUACUUUAAUUCAAAACCAUUUUUACCAGAGUAUUAUGAUGAGAAAAAAAUUAAAAGAGCACAACAUUUUUUUGAGCAAAAUAUUUCGUCAAUGCUUUUGGUGAGCCUCACAGGAUUAAUUUUAAUGUUAAGUUAUCCGCGGGGAAUAAAAUUACUUCUUGCUACAAACAAAUCAAGUGAACCUCUCACAGCUUAUAAGCGAUAUCGAGAUACCAUGAAGCACAUGGUAUCCUGGUAUAGAGGAGAUUUUACAGUUGGAUCAAGCUUAUACAAUUCAUUAUUAAAAGUCAGAAGAAUGCAUAACGCCGCUGUUCGAUUAGGUCUAAAGAAAGGCGAUGACUUCAACAUUGAUCAAGCAUUAAUGGGAUCGACAGCUUAUGGAUUUUUCGGUUUAGCUUUAGCUAAACAAAAGGAAUUCGGUUUAAGUUCUGCUAGUGAUGAGGAUUUAGAAGCCCUAGUGCAUUUUUGGCGUGUAAUUGGCUAUAUGUUAGGCGUUGACGAUAGAUUUACCAUUUGUCGAGAGUCUUUAAAAGAAACUAGAGAUAUAUGUAUAGAAAUAACCAAUCAGGUAACGGAAUAUUUGUACCUAAAAGAUCCAGGAUCAUUAAUGUUGCAAUUUGCAAUUUUGGAUGGAAAUAAUCUGGUGAUACCAGCGUUCGAUUCAAACCUUUUUAUGAAUUUUAUUUAUGAUUUAUGCAAUGUUAAACCGGAACUUUAUUAUCCGAUGACAACUCAUCAGAAAUUUUUGCUAACAAUGAUAAAGAGGAGCUUUGAAUCGAUGAAUUAUUCGCUAAUCCGACGUUUCUUUAAUUCAAGGACACGUUAUAUUAUAUAUUUAAUUCAUAUGCAUCCGGAGAUUAUAGAACAUAACAUAAAUGAUACGGAUUUACUAACAUUAAUUUGAUAAUUUUAGAAAUAUAAAUUUAAAUAAAAUUGUUAUUUACAUAAUUCUUUUAUUAUCGCCAAAAUUGCAAUAAAUCUGUUUAUUAUGUUA